AUGUCAGACUACACAGAGAAAGCCACAGACAAUCAGGGCCAGCUAACACCUCUCAACAAAGGAUUCCCUCAAGCAGGAAUCAGUCAGAUCUUGCAGCUGCCAGGCUAUUCAGUCCUGAUCAAGGUGAUCAAUUGCAAUAUUCACACCUGCCUCCAACAGUCAAGAGUUCUUUCUCCCACCCUGGACCUUCCACAGAUAUAUAAACCCCACUUGCCUAGUUUCCAAUACCUCACAAUCUCUGCGGAUGCCUGCAUAAAUCUCGCCCAUGCAAUCAGGCUCCUUCUAGAAUACACAGAAACACCCUAUGAAGACAAACGGUAUCGUUUUGGUGAAGCUCCUGAUUUUGACACAAGUCAGUGGACUAGUGUGAAGGAGAAACUGGGCUUGGACUUCCCAAACGAAAAAUUGAAACCUGAGCUUAUUGAGCAGCUACCUGGGAAGCUGAAGCUGUUCUCCCAGUUUCUAGGGGACAGAAAUUGGUUUGCAGGAAAUAAGAUCACCUAUGUAGAUUUCCUUGCAUAUGAUAUUUUUGAUGUGCAUCGGAUAUUUCAGCCCAAAUGCUUGGAUCAGUUCAAAAAUCUAAAGGAUUUCAUGGAUCGCUUUGAGGCCUUGGAUAAGAUUUCUGCCUACAUGAAAUCUGACCGCUUCUUGAGAACUCCCAUCUUUUUGAGAAAUGCCACGUGGGGCAACAAGAAAAAAUAGAAGGAAAACAGGAAUCUUGGUGUCCUGACACUUGCAAAUGUUGAGCCAGCGAGGAGCCUUGAAUCUCACGACCUCCCUUCAUGCAUCAGAACAUUGUUGCACAGUAGCUGCAAUAUCCGAAAUACAUUCCGAGGAAUGAAUAAUAAAAUCUGUUGGUAGUUAAA